AUGGGACCUAGCAGAUGCGUCUGGGAAGGUUGGACCUUGCAGAGCGAGGUCCUGAUGCGAGAGGUGGGCACCUGGCUCCUGACCUGCACCUGCAUCUGCGCCUGGGUUGGCUUGGGCGUCUCUGUCCCAGGGGAUGGAGGAGGGCCUGGGACUUUCACGUGCCACAACAACAACAUCCUCAGGAUUGACUGCCACUGGUCUGCCCCGGAGCUGGACCAGGGGGCUGGCCCCUGGCUGCUCUUCACCAGCAACCACGCUCCAGGCAGCAAGCACAGGUGUGUCUUCCUGGCCAGCAUGUGCACCGUGGAGCUGCCACCCGAGGAGGUGCUCGUGCCUUCUGACAACUUCACCAUCACCUUCCACCGUCACGUCUCUGGGAAGGAGCAGGUCAGCCUGGUGGAUCCACAGUACCUGCCCCGGAGACAUGUGAAGCUGGACCCUCCCUCUGACUUGCUGAGCAACAUCAGCUCUGAGCACUGUGUCCUGACCUGGAGCAUCAGUCCUGCCUUGGAGCCGCUGGCCUCACUCCUCAGCUAUGAGCUGGCCUUCAAGAGGCAGGAGGAGACCUGGGAGCGGGCUUGGCACAAGGAUCACAUCAUUGGGGUGACCUGGCUCAAACUUGAAGCCACUGAAUUGGACCCUGGUUCCACCUAUGAGGCCCGGCUGCGUGUCCAGAUGGCCACACUGGAGGAUGCGGUGGCGGAGGAGGAGCGCUACGAGGGCCCGUGGAGUGACUGGAGCCAGCCCGCCUGCUUCCACUCCCCCCAGAGACAAGGUCGCCUGGUCCCAGCUUUGGGGCAGCCCGACAGCACCCUGGUCGCUGUGUCCAUCUUUCUCCUGCUGACCAGCCUGACCUACCUGCUGUUCAAGCUAUCACCCAGGAUGAAGACAGCCUUGUACCAGGACGUGCCAUCCCCAGGCCCGUUCUUCCAGUCACUGUACAGUGUGCACAACGGGGACUUCCAGACCUGGAUAGGGGCCCACAGAGCUGGUCCACAGCCAAGCCCGGACUGCAUGGGCCCCGCACGAGGAGCCUGGGAGACCCGUGUCCAGGAGGCCAUCGCUUUGCUCACCUAUGACCCGGUGGACGUGGGGCCAUUAGCGGGCCUGGAGGAGGAGGAGAGCACUGGCACCGGCCUCCCAGCAGAUGCGCUGCCCGCAGGAUGUGUGGAGUGGGGGGGGCCGCCGCCUGCCUACCUGCCACAGGAGGCCUGGGCCCCCGCAGGCCUUGCCAGGCUGGCUCCCCCGCAGUCCCAGGGCAGCAGCAGCGACUACUGUGCCCUGGGCUGCUCCAGGUGGGGCUGCCCCUCCACCUUCACAGGAAACGCGCAGAGCUCUGAGCCCGACCCUGCCUUGGCCUGUGGCCUUUUCUGUGACCAGCAGAGCCUGGAUGCCCGGCCAGGAGGUAACUGUGCAGGUGUUGGUCACAGUCAGAGGCAGGACGCUGGUGGAUGGGCCGCAUGAGGCCCUCCUGCUCUCGGCAGACGGUGGGCUCCGUCCCCACGGUGCUGCAGCACGUCCAUCCUGGGGAACAUGGACCAAAGUCCCCGGAGCCAGCGCUUGACUGGCACUGGACCUGCGGAGGGCCACCCAUGCAGCCGUCAGA